CAGUUUCCUAUUCCCCCCCACUCUCUUAAUAUGACUACUGUUUAUAGUUUGGAAGAAGUUGCAAAGCAUAACACUAAGGAUGAUUUGUGGAUGAGUAUCCAUGAUAAGGUCUAUAACGUUACCGAGUUUGUUCAAGAACACCCUGGUGGUGAGGAAGUCUUGCUUGAUGAAGCUGGUAAAGAUGCUACUGAAUCAUUUGAAGAUAUCGGACACUCAGAUGAAGCCCGUGAAAUUUUGGAAAAGUAUUUGGUUGGUCAGUUGGAUGAAGCUUCCAAGAGCAAGACUCACAAAUUCAAUGUCAUUCGUGCUGGUGAACUUCCUGAGCCCAAGAAGUCCUCUGGAUCUUCUCUUCGCGUGAUUAUUCCUGCCCUUAUCGUUAUUGGCGCUAUUGCUUACAAAUAUGUUCUUGCUCCUCAAUCUCAUUAAAUAAGGAUUUUAUUUGUAUAUUUGUUUUUUUAUGCAUAUGUUAUUUAAAACGAUAAAUAUGUUACCUAUCAUUCCUUUCUUUUUC